UUCCAGCCCAACCGCGCCCCUCAGCAUGACAGCCAAGUCCCUCUAACCCCUGAACCAGAAGUUCCCAGCCCACCGGUGGCGGCGCGCGGCGAGCUCGGCGGCGCGACGCGGAGGCGCGCAGGACGCGUGGGGAGCGCGACCGGCGGGGCGUCGGUUGGCCGCGGCAGCGGUCCCAUAACGGCAAGCUACAGUCCUCCGUGAUCGGCGAGUCGUUCCGGAGGAACCCUAGCCUGGCCAUGGCCGCGGCGGAGGCACGGGCGCGGCAGGAGAAAGUGAGGAAGUUCGAGGAGUUCGUGGACCGGCGUCUGAAGCCCGACCUCGCCAACGCCAUCAACCAGCGCGACAAGGUGUUCGGGCAGCAGAAGACCUUCUUGGAUUUGAAGAGGAACAUUGAAAAUUUGGAGAAGAAUGGGGUCACCAGCAUGCGGUCCAUGGUCAAUCUUGGCUCGGAAGUGUACAUGCAGGCAGAAGUACCAGAUACAAGGCACAUUUUUGUGGAUAUUGGUCUAGGUUUUCAUGUGGAAUUUACUUGGCAAGAAGCUUUGCAGUUCAUAUCUGUAAGAGAGGCAAGGUUGGCUAGGCAAAUAGAUGAAUACACACAUCUCAUCGCAAGCAUAAAAGCACAGAUCAAGUUGGUAUGUGAAGGUAUCCGUGAGCUGCUGCAGCUACCAUCGGAGAAAGAGUUGUCACCUAGGAAUACCUGGUAGAAUUUGGUUCUUGCAGCAAAUGGUUGAUGCCAUCGAACUUGUAAAAUGUAGUGCAGUAAUGCAAGGUGGUUCCAUUUUUAUGGCAAUGACCAUCAGAAGUUCUGGUAGAAUACCUGGCUUAAAAUAUUAAGACCUUCUGCAGUUGAAAUUAUUCAACUCUUGGAGUAUUUUAAAACCAGACAAUGAGGUUGCCGGUCUUAUAACAAUCUCUUUGACUACA